AUAAAGAGAAGAAGAAGAUUUGUUGCGUUUGAGUCUAGUCUGCGUUGCUCACUCGUUUUCACUGCUGUCCUUUUGAGUCCAUGUAUAUUUCAGAACACGCAGACAUAUCAGUCAAUAAUGCGAGCUGUUCCCACAUGGAUAGAUAAAGUGCACGAUCGGGAUAAGGUUGAACAAUGUAUUUAUGAUCUUGCCUUCAAACCGGAUGGCACUCAACUGAUAGUGGCAGCUGGCAACAGAGUUCUGGUGUAUGACACAGCGGAUGGCACACUCAUACAACCAUUAAAAGGACAUAAAGACACGGUUUAUUGUGUGGCUUAUGCUAAAGAUGGAAAACGUUUUGCAUCUGGUUCAGCAGAUAAGAGUAUAAUCAUCUGGACCUCAAAAUUAGAGGGUAUUCUAAAAUACACUCACAAUGAUUCUAUCCAGUGUGUGGCUUACAACCCUGUCACACACCAGCUGGCUUCAUGUUCUUCUGGAGAUUUUGGUUUGUGGUCUCCUGAGCAGAAGUCUGUUUCUAAACAUAAAGUUAGCAGUAAAAUCACAUGUUGUGGUUGGACUAAUGAUGGGCAGUACUUGGCUCUGGGCAUGAUGAGUGGGGUGGUCAGCAUCAGAAAUAAAAGUGGAGAAGAGAAAGUGAAAAUUGAGCGGCCUGGUGGCUGUUCCUCGCCAAUCUGGUCGAUCGCAUGGAACCCAUCCAAGGAUGAACAUAAUGAUAUACUUGCUGUGGCUGAUUGGGGACAAAAACUGUCUUUUUACCAACUCAGUGGAAAACAGAUAGGGAAGGACAGGCUUUUGAACUUUGACCCAUGCUGCGUGAGUUUCUUCUCUAGGGGUGAAUACAUUGUGAUGGGCGGCUCCGAUAAACAAGCCUCACUCUACACUAAAGACGGUGUUCGACUCGGCACCAUUGGUGAACAGAACUCCUGGGUCUGGACGUGCCGUGUAAAGCCAGACUCCAAUUAUGUGGUUUUAGGAUGUCAGGAUGGCACAAUUGCAUUUUUUCAGCUUAUCUUCAGCACAGUCCAUGGCUUAUAUAAGGACCGCUAUGCCUACAGGGAUAGUAUGACUGAUGUCAUCGUUCAACACCUCAUCACAGAGCAAAAAGUGCGAAUAAAAUGUCGUGAGCUUGUGAAGAAGAUUGCUAUCUACCGCAGCAGGCUUGCUAUCCAGCUACCCGAGAAGAUUCUUGUCUAUGAGCUCUAUUCUGAUGACUCCUCUGACAUGCAUUACCGCAUCAAAGAGAAAAUCUGCAGACGAUUUGAGUGCAACCUGCUUGUUGUCUGCUCGCAGCACAUCAUACUGUGUCAGGAAAAGAGACUGCAGUGUUUGUCCUUCACAGCUGUGAAAGAGAAAGAGUGGCUAAUGGAGUCUCUCAUUCGCUAUAUUAAAGUGAUAGGUGGCCCAGUUGGAAGAGAGGGACUUCUGGUUGGACUCAAAAAUGGAGCAAUUCUAAAGAUCUUUGUGGAUAACCCGUUUGCCAUCACGCUACUGAAGCAGAACACGUCUGUGCGUUGUCUGGACAUGAGCAUAUCACGCAGCAAGUUAGCUGUUGUGGAUGAACACAACACAUGCCUGGUGUAUGACAUCCACACAAAAGAGCUGCUCUUUCAGGAGCCCAAUGCAAACAGUGUGGCGUGGAACACACAGUGUGAGGAGAUGCUGUGUUUUUCUGGUAGUGGGUAUCUGAAUAUCAAGGCCAGUAACUUUCCUGUGCAUCAGCAAAAACUACACGGUUUUGUAGUAGGCUACAAUGGCUCCAAGAUCUUCUGCCUGCAUGUGUACUCUAUGGCUGCAGUGGAAGUGCCACAGUCUGCGCCAAUGUAUCAGUAUCUUGAACGAGGCAUGUUUCAGGAAGCCUAUCAGAUAGCUUGUCUGGGUGUUACAGAGAAUGAUUGGAGAGAUCUGGCCACAGAGGCUCUGGAGGGACUCGAUUUUCACACGGCUAAAAAAGCGUUCAUAAGGGUUCGAGAUCUUCGCUAUCUGGAGCUUAUCAGCAGCAUUGAAGAAAGAAAAAAGAGAGGCGAAACUAAUAAUGAACUCUUCCUCGCCGAUGUUUAUGCAUACAAGGGCAAAUUCCAUGAAGCUGCCAAACUGUACAAGAGAACCGGCCAUGACAGCUGUGCACUAAGCAUGUACACUGAUCUCCGCAUGUUUGAGUAUGCCAAGGACUUUCUGCAGUCAACAGACCCUAAAAACACUAAACUGUUGAUGAAGAAACAGGCAGACUGGGCCAAGAACAGCAAAGAACCCAGAGCGGCUGCAGAGAUGUACCUGUCUGCAGGAGAACAUAUGAAAGCUAUUGAGAUCAUUGGAGAACAUGGAUGGGUGGACAUGUUAAUAGAUUUGGCCCGUAAGUUGGAUAAAGCAGAGCGGGAGCCAUUAUCCAGAUGUGCAAUGCUAUUUAAGAAGUUAAAUCAUCAUGGUUAUGCUGCUGAGAUUUAUAAUAAGAUGGGUGAUCUGAAGGCCCUGGUGGAAUUGCAUGUGGAGACCAGACAAUGGGAUGAGGCGUUUUCUUUAGUGGAGAAACAGACACAGUUCAGAAAUGAUGUCUAUGUGUCGUAUGCCCAGUGGCUGGCUGAAAAUGACCGCUUUGAGGAUGCACAGAAAGCUUUCCACAAAGCUGGGCGGCAGACGGAGGCUGUCAAAGUGCUAGAGCAGCUUACCCAUAAUGCUGUGGUAGAGAGCAGGUUUAACGAUGCAUCUUACUACUACUGGAUGCUCUCCAUGCAGUGUCUUGGGAUCGCAAGAGACAGUAAAGAGAUAAAAGAGGAGAUGCUAAAGAAGUUUCACAGUUUUCAACACUUGGCUGAACUGUAUCAUGUGUAUCAUUCUAUCCAUCGCUACAUGUCCGAGCCCUUCAGUUCCCACAUGCCAGAGAUUCUCUUCAACAUCUCACGGUUUCUCUUUCACAACUUGACCAAAGAUGUUCCAGUGGGCAUCUCCAAAGUGGAUACGCUGUAUGCUCUGGCUAAGCAGAGUAAAGUGCUGGGGGCGUAUAAAGUAGCACGCCAUGCCUUCGAGAAAUUACAAGGCUUAAAGAUCGCAGCCCGCUAUCAGGACAGCAUGGAGCUUAGCUGCCUGACGGUUCGCUCCAAACCUUAUCAUGACAGUGAGGAUUUGAUUCCAAUGUGUUACCGCUGUUCAACCAAUAACCCUCUGCUGAAUAACCAGGGCAACUCCUGUAUUAACUGCAGACAGCCUUUCAUAUAUUCUGCUUCCUCUUAUGAGGUGCUUCCGCUGGUGGAGUUUUAUCUGGAGGAAGACAUCUCAGAUGAGGAGGCUGUGUCUCUCAUUGAUCUGGAAGUGCCUCGUGUAGAGGGAAAGGCUGCUUCCUGGCAGGAAAUGAGCAGUGGGGAAUCUCAGUGCCUGAAGCUGGAUGAUAGGGUUGAAGACCCUGAGGAUGACCCCUUUACUGCCAAACUCAGCUUUGAGCAGGGCGGCAGUGCAUUUGUCCCGGUGGUUGUGAGUCGAGCGGUUUUGCGGUCCAUGUCCAGACGAGAUGUUCUGAUCAAGCGUUGGCCCAAACCUCUCAGUUGGCAGUACUAUCGUUCGCUGCUUCCUGAUGUCAGCAUAACUAUGUGCCCUUCAUGUUUUCAGAUUUUCCACAGUGAGGACUAUGAGUUGUUGGUUCUUCAGCACAACUGCUGCCCGUACUGCAGGAGACCAAUUGACGAAUCCAACUAACCCAAUAACAUUUGUGUUAGCAUUUAUAGGGGUAGUAAAUAAGCCUGACAUGCUGAGUGUGCAUAUCCUAAAGACAAUUACUUUAUGUGUGUUUAUCUGCUGGUCGAUAGUAAGUUCUGAGAUAUAUUAAGUCGCUAGAAAUCCUUACGUAAAUGACAGCUCAGUCUAAUAGGAUAGACCAGAUCAGAAUGCUCAGCCGGCUAAAGGAGAUUAAAGAGUUUUUGCGUGUGUGGGCAUACAUGCUCUUUAAUAAUUUUAAUUAGAGAUAAGAGGUACAGGUAGUUAGUUUGGUUAUUUGUUUGUGAGCACUACAUAUACAUGUACAUCAAAAAAUGCCUUAAAUUGUAGUUUAGUUUUUAAUAAAGGUGACGUGUUUUGCUUAAA